UAGUCCUUUGUUUACAUGCAAUUCCUUACUCCGCGGAAGGAGGCCGGGGGAGUGCUGAGUUUUCACCAGCUGUUUCCCGCCUUGAAACAGACAUCUGAUCAGCUGCAAACACACACACACAUACACACGCCCGGGGAGGCAGGCCGGAGAGACCUCCCUCCCGCCCCUCCCGCCCGCCUCCCUCCCCUCGCCGCCGCCGCCGCCGCCGCCGCCAGCAUCUGGGACCGGCCGUUUCUGCACCUCCGUCCGGCGCUGCCCUUUGAUUCGGAUUUCCAUCUUGCAUUCUCCGGCGGACCGCGGGACCCGGCUCGUGCAGAGGAGGGGGGCCGAUCGCUAUGGAGUAUUUCAUGGUGCCCACUCAGAAGCCUUGCCAACAUUCCACUGACCCCUGAGACGCAGCGGGACCAGGAGCGGCGGAUUCGGCGGGAGAUCGCCAACAGCAACGAGCGGAGGCGCAUGCAGAGCAUCAACGCGGGCUUCCAGUCCCUCAAGACCCUCAUCCCCCACACAGAUGGAGAGAAGCUCAGCAAGGCAGCCAUUCUCCAGCAGACGGCGGAGUACAUCUUCUCCCUGGAGCAGGAGAAGACCAGGCUCCUGCAGCAGAACACACAGCUCAAGCGCUUUAUCCAGGAGCUGAGCGGCUCAUCCCCCAAGCGGCGGCGGGCAGAGGACAAGGAUGAGGGCAUCGGCUCGCCGGACAUCUGGGAAGACGAGAAGGCAGAGGAUCUGCGUCGGGAGAUGAUCGAGCUCCGGCAGCAGCUGGACAAGGAGCGCUCGGUGCGCAUGAUGCUGGAGGAGCAGGUGCGCUCGCUGGAGGCCCACAUGUACCCAGAAAAGCUCAAGGUGAUUGCACAGCAGGUGCAGCUGCAGCAGCAGCAGGAGCAGGUGCGGCUGCUGCACCAGGAGAAACUGGAGCGGGAACAGCAGCACCUGCGGACCCAGCUGCUGCCCCCCCCGGCCCCUACCCACCACCCUACAGUGAUCGUGCCGGCGCCAGCCCCUCCCUCCCACCACAUCAACGUCGUCACCAUGGGCCCCUCCUCGGUCAUCAACUCUGUUUCCACGUCCCGGCAAAAUCUGGACACCAUCGUGCAGGCGAUCCAGCACAUCGAGGGCACCCAGGAAAGGCAGGAGCAGGAGGAAGAACAACGACGAGCCGUCAUCGUGAAGCCAGGCCGCAGCUGCCCGGAGGCCCACGCCUCCGACACUGCCUCCGAUUCGGAGGCCUCGGACAGCGACGCCAUGGACCAGAGCCGGGAGGAGCCAGCAGGGAAUGGGGGGCUUCCCUGACCACCCCCCAGCCCUCCUCUCCCCUCUUGGAGCUGGAGGGGGCCGGGGGGCAGCUACAGGGAGCAAACGCAGGUGAACGAGUGAGGAAUUUUUACAAAAUUACAACGUCAUUUGGGUCUCUUUUAUGACCUCUUUUUCAAUACUGUAAAUCGACCUUUGAGCGAAGCCACCCGACCUGAGGUCCCCGGGGGCUGGGGUGGCAGGGGCAUGUUGAGCACCGGGACACCUGGGGCUGGGCCUCGCCCCGGAGGCUGGGGGAAGCUGACACAGGUGCCUGGCCUCUCUCCGCCAAAAAGCAUUUUUUCAUUUAAACAUGUUUUUAAGAACAGGGAAAAAUCAAACAAAACCCCAAGGUAUGCUGCCCUCCCCAGAGCCAGCCCUAGACCGGCAGUUUCUGACUCCUUCCCUCCUCUUUUUGUUUUUUUCCUUUCUCCUUUAAGCACUUACAUGGGUUGGGGGUCUGGCUGGGUCGGAGCUCUCUGGGGACCCCGGGGGUCUAUGUUGCUUCUCGGUUGGGGUUUGCUGCUGCCCUUCUCCCCUCCCCUCCCGGCCUCGGCUCAGCUCGAGGAUUUCCCCACCACCACCCAGCCCCACCCCUCCCUCCAGGUUUCCCAUCUUCUACCCCAAAAAUGUCUUUGUCUCUCUCUUUUUGUUGUUUGUUGUUGGUUCCUUUUGGUUUUGG